ACAAAUAACUGAGACAGCAACUGAUACUCAGGCCUGCUGGGCGGAGGCUCACUGCCCACGUCACCUAGCAUGUUUAUUGCUUUCUAGGUGGCCCUCACUGCUGACAGAUGGCAGAUUUCUCAGUGUUCGUGGGGUUUCUGAAGCAAGUGCCUCGGUGCAGGAGCAUCUUCUUCACCCAUCUUUUCCUCAUCCUCUGCUUGGGAGAGGUAGAUACAGAUGAGGUCAAGGUGCUGGGCCCUGGAGAGUCCAUGUUGGCCCUUGUCGGGGAAACGGUUGAGUUCCAGUGCCACUUGUCGCCAUACCAGGAUGCAGAGCACAUGGAGAUCCGCUGGUUCCGGACUCAGGUCUCAAACGUGGUGUACCUGUACCAGGAACAGCAGGGGCCCUCCGACCCGCAGAUGCCAGAGUUCCGCAACAGGACGGUAUUCGAAGCGAAUGACAUCGUAGAUGGCAGCGUGACCCUGCAUGUCCUCAGCGUGACUCCCUCCGAUGAGGGCCAAUAUGGGUGCCGCUUUCUUUCCCACAACUUCUCUGGAGAAGCUAUGUGGGAGCUAGAAGUAGCAGGGUUGGGCUCAGACCCACUCAUCUCCCUUGAGGGCUUCAACGAAGGAGGCAUUCGGCUGCGAUGCAGUUCCAGUGGCUGGUACCCCAAGCCCAAGGUUCAGUGGAGAGACCACCGGGGGCAGUGCCUUCCUCCAGAGUCUGAAGCCAUCAUUCGGAAUGCCCAGGGCCUGUUCAGUCUGAACACAUCUGUAACUGUCCGAGGAGGGGCUCAUAGUAACGUGUCUUGCUCAAUCCAGAACCCCUUGCUAGCCCAGAAGAAAGAGUUUGUACUCCAGAUUGCAGAUGUAUUCCUACCCAGAACGUCCCCCUGGAAGAAAGCGUUCCUGGGAACCCUGGCGGCCCUUCCACUCAGUCUUGCUGUGCUCACCAUCCUGGCGCUGCAGUACUUUUACAAGAAGCGGUGCUCCCAAGAAAAGCUGAAGAAGCAGGAAGAAAAGGACAGAGGAAGACUGAUUGCACGGUUGGAGAGACUUCAGACAGAGCUUGACUGGAGAAGGUCCGAAGGCCAGGCUGAGUGGAGAGCGGCCCAGCAAUAUGCAGUGGACAUGACCUUGGAUCCCACCACAGCACACCUUAGCCUGGAGAUCUCAGACGACCUCAAGAGUGUGUCCUCCAGACCGGGGGUGCCCAGUAUUGUGGUCCACGGCCCGCAGCGGUUCUCAGAGCAGACAUGCGUGCUGAGCCGGGAGCGUUUCUGCAGCGGCCGCCACUACUGGGAGGUGCACGUGGGCCGGCGCAGCCGCUGGUUCCUGGGCGCUUGUCUGGAGUCGGUGGAGCGCUCGGGGCCCGUGCGCCUGAGCCCCGCCGCCGGCUACUGGGUCAUGGGGCUGUGGAACAGUUGCGAGUACUUCGUGCUGGACCCGCAGCGCGUGGCGCUGACGCUACGCGUGCCUCCCCGGAGGGUGGGCAUCCUGCUGGACUAUGAGGCAGGGAAGCUGUCUUUCUUCAAUGCGUCUGAUGGCUCGCACAUCUUCACUUUCACCGACACUUUCUCUGGGGCGCUCUGCGCCUACUUCAGGCCCCGAGCCCACGAUGGCAGCGAACACCCGGAUCCCCUGACCAUCUGCUCUUUGCCCGUUAAAGGGCCACAUGUCCUCGAAGAGGACGACAAUGACAAUUGGCUACAGCCAUAUGAGCCCUUUGACCCCUCCUGGGCUGGUGAUGAGGCGCUGUCAUGACCUCAAGGCCAGGUCUAGGCAGUGUCCUGAACUCCCGGACAGCGCUUUGCUCCCCUGCUGCCAAAGCAUGCAGAGGCCCUUGGAAUAUGUAUUUGUGUAUAUAUAAUUAUUUUAAAGACAGCAGGCAAAAAAGAGACCGUUUAUGUAUAUAGCAAGACUAUGGAGUGUGCACUGUGGGAAUGGAAAAGAAGUCAGACGUAUUCGCUAAUUUGUGAAUAGCUUUGCAUAUUUUGUGUAAUUUUGUAUAGUCUGUAAAAGUCUAGAAGUAAUGACAUUUCAUAAGUAAUGAGUUCACCUAUGGCUCAGAUCUGAAUGUUAAACAUCAUUUCCUCCUAAAAUGAAAUGGGAGAAAUGGCUGAUUCCAGGACUGGGUAAAGAAGGCCCAAAACUUGGACCAUUUUGGCUAUAAAAUAAAAGUCAGCAGAAACUUAUAGGAAGCAGCGUAGAUCAGAUCUACUGGGCAAAAAGGGAACUGUGAUUAGUAACUGUGGAGUACAUACU